AUGAUAGAGGAAGAAGCACCUGAAUUGAUAGAGCUAACACCCAAUGCCACUGAAAACGUUGUCAAGGGGACCACACCUAGCCCAAAGAAUGAUACACCAACCAUUCCAUCCCAUAUCAAAUCAUCCAUCAACAGCACAAGUGAAGGCCCUUCCAAAGAGGCAUCCAAGUCCCUACCAGCAUCUGCUUCCAUCCCCCUGGUGAAGGAGAUACCCCAACCAAAACCAGCACCUAAACCCACACCUAAGCCCAGGCCAGCAACUAAGGAGAAAACUAAGCCUACACCUACGCCCAAACCUGCACCUAAUGAGACACCUAAGCCCAUACCCAAACCUACACCUAAGCCCAAGUCCACAUCCAAACCAUCACCUCAACCCAAUCCUACAUCAAAUACAAUUAAGUCCGCACCCAAGUCUGGGUCCAAAUCCAAUCCAACACCCAAAUCAGCAUCCAAGCCUAAUCCAACACCCAAAUCAGCCCCCAAAUCUAAAGCCACUUCAUCCAAAUCAAUUGAUACUUCAACAAGAUCCUCUGCUAGACUAAAAGGAAGAGUAGUGGGACAAAAACAAGAUACUGGCAGCAAGAAAACCUAUAUAAGCCUCGAUGACAACAAUGGCAGUGACAAUGAUUCACAUGACUCGUACAAAUCUGCAGAAGACAGCCUAUACAAGCCUGGACCACAAGACAGUUCUACUGAAUCAGAUAUUGAAGGUGGUCUUUCGGCAGCUAGGUUGAGGGAAUUUAAGUUGAAGCAUGCUCCAGGUGCUGCCUGGAAGAAGGGCAAGGAGAAAAUAUUAGAAGAAGAUAACGGUCUGGUUGUGGAGAAUUCUAACGAAGAAGUAGAUUGGGCGCAAGUGCUGAGCAACAGAGAAAACAACCAAGAAUCUUAUUAUGCAUAUGAUCCAAUUCACGAUGAUUCUAAUGGAAACGACUCUUAA